CCAAAUCCCAACCAUUUCCAUUCCUAAUGACCAUAAUUCUUCUUGUUUGAUACUUGAAAGCCAGAGCUUGAAGCAAGUGCGUUAAUGGAGGCCGCGGAUAUUGCAGACCUGAAACUCUUCAUCGAUCACUGCAAAUCAGACCCUUCAAUCCUCCAUAACCCUUCUCUAGGGUACUUCCGGAGCUACAUUGAGAGCCUUGGUGCACGAAUUCCUCCACCACCCAAUUCAAGUACACAUGCAAAGAUUUCCGAUAAUGGGGAUGAGGGUCCGAUUGAAUCUGAUAUAGAUUUGGAUGAGACUGAUGUUGUGGAACCUGAUAAUGACCCUCCACACAUGAUGGGUGAUCCUUCAAUUGAAAAUUCUGAAGAAAAUCACGAUGCAGCUCAGACUUUGAAAUCAAAAGCUGUUGUGGCACUGAGUGAAGGUCAAUUGGACAAAGCUAUAAGUCAUUUGACAGAAGCUGUUACUUUAAAUCCCCAUUCAGCUAUACUCUAUGCAACUAGAGGUGAAGUGUUUGUCAAACUUAAGAAGCCCAAUGCUGCAAUCCGAGAUGCUGAUGCAGCUUUGCAGAAUAAUCCCGACUCAGCAAAAGCAUAUAAAGUACGAGGGAUGGCAAGGGCCAUUCUGGGUCACUGGGAAGAAGCUGCUAAAGAUCUGCGAAUUGCAUCAAAGCUGGAUUACGAUCAGGAGGUCGAUGCUGUCCUGAGAAAGGUUGAAUCAAACGUUCACAAAAUUGUGGCACAUCGUAGAAAAUAUGAACUCUCAAGGAAGGAAAGGGAGUUGAAAAAGAUUGAACUUGAGAAGAAACGACUUGCUGAAGCCCAGGCGGCUCAUCUCAAGUCUUCCUUGAAAGAUGGACAAGUGAUAGCAAUACAGUCAAAAAAUGAGAUAGAUACCAAGUUGAAUGCUGCUGCAAAAUUGAAACGUCUUGUUGUUCUAUACUUCACUGCAACAUGGUGUGGGCCAUGCCGUACAAUUUCACCUGUCUAUUCUACUUUGGCUGCAAAUUAUCCACAAGUUGUCUUCUUAAAAGUGGACAUAGAUGAAGCCAGAGAAGUGGCUUCAACUUGGAAUAUCACCAGUGUUCCUAUCUUCUUUUUCAUCAAGGACAGAAAGGAGAUGGACAAAGUGGUCGGUGCUGAUAAAAGAUCCCUUGAGAGCAAGAUUGUACAGUAUUGCUGAUAAUUGUGUCUAAUUCCGCCUACAAAUGAGUUAAUCAUAUGGUUUUUGUUUAUAGAACAAGAUAUUUUAUAUUUUAAUCAUAUAAUUUAUAAUUGUGGAUCUUGUUUGCUAA